AUGAAUCCAGCUGCUGUUGCUCAUCUGAGUCGGGCGAGUCGAGUCAGUAAAGUGGUGAAAGCUGCUCUUGGCAAGAAUCUGCUCAAUGAUGAAAGUCCAGUUUUGGAUCUUUAUGAUUUAGAAGGCCUUCGAGGAAGAUUUCGGGAGGUCCAAGAAGCGUUGCCAUCAUGGAAUCACGCAUUUGCGAUCAAGACGAACCCGAUUCGAGGGGUAAUGUUAGAGGCGAAAAAGUGCGGCCUUGGAGCGGAAGCAGCUUCAAUCGGUGAACUUGAGCACGCGUUGCAGCUUGGCUUCGAUCGAUCAAAGAUCGUCUACGAUUCUCCUGUUAAAACGAAAGCCCAUCUCAAACACGCGCUCAACGCAGGAGUUGUCAUUAACCUCGACAAUCUGGAAGAAGUUGAGAAAGUGAAUGAAAUUUUACCCGACUUAAAUGUCGAUGUGACCGGUAAAAUUGGCAUGCGAGUGAAUCCUAACGUCGGAGCUGGAAAAAUUGCCAUGUCUUCGACUGCUGGGAAAUCGUCGAAGUUUGGACUGCCGAUGACCGGGGAAUUCGAAGAAGAAGUGAUCAAGAUCAUCCUCGACAACUCUUGGAUUCAAGGUCUUCAUCAGCAUAUCGGAAGCCAGGGUAUCUCGCUCGACCAGCUUACUCUUGGAGUGGAACGACUUGUCAAAUUAGCAAGGAAGAUAAACGACCUCGCUGGAAAGAAGCAAAUCAAAUACAUCGAUGUCGGUGGAGGAAUCCCAACAGACUAUGAAUCUGACGAUGAAAAAGUUGCAUUCGCAGAAUAUGCAAAGUUGAUUACAGAUCGAGUGCCCAAUCUUGCAGAAUUUUCGUUUCACUCAGAGUUUGGCCGCUCUUUAGUGACGAAAUACGCUUUUUCUGUUUCAAAAGUUGAGACUGUCAAAACAUGGGGUGAUAGAAUUACUGUUUUGACACAUUUCGGAUCAAAUCAGUUCUUGAGAGAGGUCUAUCUUCCCGAUACGUGGUUUCACCGGAUGUCUGUAUUGGAUAAGAACGGAGAUCCAAAGACAGGCGACUUAAUCGAGCAAGACGUCGGUGGCCCCCUUUGUUUCCAAGGGGACUAUCUUGCUAAAGCACGAGCGUUGCCUGAAAUCAAGCCUGGCGAUUACAUCGUGAUGCAUGAUAUCGGUGGCUAUACAUAUGCGCUCUACUCGCGCUUCAAUUCUAUCCAGGCCCCCGCUGUUUAUGGUUACGAUGAGUCGCAUAACUUCUACGAAUACAAAUCUCGAGAAAGUUUGGCGGAAACCCUCUCUUUCUGGGGCCAUCGAGAGCCGAAAAAUAUCUAA